UUAAAUCCAGAACAAGUAAUGUUUGUGUCUCAUAAGCAAUAAUUUUAAAUUCUUAGCAAAAAAUUAAGGAUAUGACCACUACAGUUAAGUUCUAUCUAUUACACUCAAUGUUCUAUAACGAUUACCUUGACUGUCAAGAAUUAUCUCAUAUGCAUAAAAACAAGUUUAACUACCCUUUUUUCUUCUCUUUUUUAACGAUUUUCAAUCUCUUGACAUACAAAUCUGUUUAAUGUAUCAACUUUACGAGAUAAAAAUAGCAUUGCGUUUUCAGAAAAGAUUCCGUUGAAUUUUUUCAACAGUUGUUGAAUGGUUUCCUAUAAUCUUGUCGGCGUUCCCCUUUGAAUUGUCGGUAGAGGGCACUGUAUUACAUUUGAGUGUCUGACUUCUCACUUUGAAGAAGACCAGCAAUCUGAUCCAUUUCCCUUCCUGACGUCAGUCUCCAUUAAAACUGAAAUUCUAAAUCUCAAGAAAUCAGAGGGGAACACUAUUCCUUAGGAAAACUCUUUGUUGCAUCAUGGACGAUAACGUCAGAGGCUGUCCUCGAUAUUCGAUUAAUUCUGAUCUAAAAAUCAAUAAUUAGAUCUUUUCAAAUAAAUGCGACUUUCAGAAGAUUUUCCUUACUAAUAUCUUUCAAUUACAGCCCUACUCGUGGCGAGUCUUUUGGUCAAAAUAUGAAGUUGAAAGUUAAAUCCUUGACAAUGAUCAGGCGUUUUCAGGGUGAGUGACGGCCAAUUGAUUAGCUUGUGAAGCAUCCGUGAAGUACAAACUUAAUCAAUGCAUUGUCCAAUCGAUGCUUAGUUUAGCGACUUCGCGGUUCUGCCACAAGAAGCAUGGGCUUCACAACCUCUUUCAGGACUUUUUCCUACAACUCUUACACGGCCUUCCAGUUCUGAGCUUGGCUCCCUUUAGAUAUGAUGACGAGGCGUAGUUUAAUAGCUCUAUUAUUUGAAUGCGAAUUUGUCUUACUGAAUGAUAAGUUGGGAUAUUUCUCAGUGUUUCUAAGAUGAACAGACGAUGACCAGUUGAACCCGAUCACACUUUGGCAUUUCCACUCGAUCAAAAAUGUGUAUCCAUUUUCCGAUUGAAGAAACGGCGCUAAGCUGAUACAAUCAUGACACCGGACUGCUUUGUCACUGCUCGGACCUUUCUUGGGAGUGUAUUAUAAAUCAUCAUGGCUGGACUAUUGACCACAGCUCCAGUCUCAGAUAUUUCCACUUCAGUCGUGGAUAUGAACUCGACUGAGAACUGUACGACCAGUGGUGUGACGGUAGCAGCGGACAUCCCCCCACCCCACGAAUUAUGGCUGACCAUUAUACUAGGUGUUUUAGUGGCAUUCAUUGUAGUUGUGACGGUUGCUGGAAAUGUUCUUGUACUGCUGUCAUUCGCAUUAGAAAGAACAAUUCGUCAACCUACAAAUUACUUCAUAGCUUCCCUUGCUGUUUCCGAUUUGCUCAUCGGAUCAUUUUCCAUGCCAUGUUUUACUCUGUAUCUGCUUCUGGGAUACUGGCCUCUCGGUGAAUUGGUGUGUGACCUGUGGUUAGCGUUGGAUUGGACCGUCUGUCUUGCCUCUCAAUAUACUGUCUUCUUCAUUACGGUGGACAGAUUUUUCUCCGUCAAAAUUCCAGCCAAAUACCGACAUUGGCGGACAGAGAAAAAAGUGGUAACUAUGGUAUCGCUGACAUGGAUUUUUCCUACAUUGAUCUUCUUCACUUCCAUCGUUGGAUGGCAGUACUUCGUUGGUAAGAGAACUGUUAAACCCUUACAGUGUGAAGUACAAUUCAUGAGUGACCCCUUGUUUACAUUUUUGCUGACGAUUGGGUACUACUGGAUCCCACUUUGUGUUAUGAUUGGACUCUAUGGGGGUAUUUAUUAUGUAGCUCUGACACUACAAAGGAAAGCAGAGGCAAAGCAUAAGAAGAUGACAACAGCUAUGGAAUUGUCGAAAAACAAGCAGUCCUCCAAAUCUAACCGUAACGCAUCAGGGGCUGACAACAACACUCUGGGCACUGAAAACAACAAUGGGAGAUCAAUGCGGCCUGAUGAGUCCACGAGCUUUACGAAAGCCCCCGAAGAAGAGCGUUCUAGCUCCCCCGUCUUUGAGUCUGAUGAGGAAAACAAUAGCAGCCAGGGAGCUUGUGGUUCCUCCAAGACCCAUUUCAGACACGCCGAUGUUGAUGACGAUGAACAAACUUGCUUCGUUAACAGUGCGGUUCAAACCGACACGACAUACCGGCCAUCUUUGAAAGGAAUGCUGGGUAUGUCAUUUAAUCAUGUAUCGAAAAUAGCCCUUACUAUAACCGGAACAUCAGGCUCGGAAACCGAAACAGACGGAAACGAGGAUAUGAAUGCCACGAAAGCCCUUAUAAAAGAAGCUCCCCCACCGUAUAAUCAUGUAGUCCCAAACACCUACGAAAAGGCAUCGAAGCAGACCGAUAAACUACUUGAGAACGAUGUAUUAGAAGGUUGCAAGUAUAUCGAGGAGGAUAGUCUGAAAACUCUAACAUCAAACGAUAAUUUGAAGAUAUAUCCCGAUGGAAGUAUCUCAUUUGACGCAACAACAGACGAAAGUUGCUCACCGGUUUGGAAACGGCGAGAGGGAAGGUAUCUACCCAUCCCAAUUGCAGAGGACUCGAGCAAUACUAUCUCCACAACUCUCGAAGGGGAUUCUAGCAUUCGUCAUGCAAGCAACGAUGAUGAAAUGUCGAAGAGAAUACCAUCCAACGGAACCUCUGCAGUGCACUCACGUGACAGAAAUGAGGAUGAAGACGUUGAUAGCGAUGCUAAUAGAGAGAAACCAAGCAUAAUGGCUCCUCUACAGAAUCUUGUUCAAAAUAUGAGAGCUAAGAGGAAGAAAAGCAAACGAACUCGCCAAAAGGUGAACUCUAAAACAGAAAAUCGGGCCCGGAAAGCUUUGAGGACUAUAACAUUCAUUCUUGGAGCUUACAUUCUGUGCUGGACUCCUUAUCAUAUAAUGGUGUUAAUCAUUGGAGUUUGCGACGGCGGUUGGAAUUGUGUGAACAUGAAAUUGUACCAAUUUACAUACUGGUUAUGUUACCUCAACAGCCCAAUUAAUCCGUUCUGUUACGCACUAGCCAAUCAACAAUUUAAGAAAACUUUCCUUAGAAUUUUGAGAUUGGACUGUCAUAAGACAUAACGAACAGCAAAGAAAUAUUUCGACUUCCAUAGAAUGUGAUGGCCCAUGGUCAAAUGGACAAUUAUCCAUCAAAAACGCCUAAAGCGGAGUCAGUUCAUCUAUCUGUCAGUCGCAAAGAAAUGUCGAUAUUCAUUUUCAAGCUUCAAUGCCUUAUUCCUCUGAAAGAAAUAACCUAUAUCCUUUUUUUGUUUCGUCCCCCCUCUGCACCACAUACAGAUUACACAAGGCACGUUGUCUGUAGCACAAGUCCCAGAUGAUGUGCGCUGUCUUUUAUAUGUAAAUUGGUAAGCUGUGUAUUAUAGUCCAUACCAUACGGGCAUGUCCUUACUUAGGCAUCGACCCCUACGCAAUAUCAUUAAACAUAACAUUAUUUAAUUGUGAGACAGAAAUUAAUAUGAUUUAUCGUGUAGGUAAACAUAUAUAUAUAUAUACAUCUUACAUGUACGUGUUUGUGUAACGAUUUUUCUAUAGUGUUUGAUAACGGCUGUUUUUACUGAGAAAUUAUAUUUUUUGUUAAGAACAUAUUAAAUUGGUGUGAGGAAAUUUAUAGAUACGAGAUGUCGAUGUUUUCAAUGUAAUUGAUCAUACAUUGCCAGAGAACGUCAGUGUAAUAAAGUUUAUCUUACGCUUUGCACGUUCAUUUUACGUCAAACAUUAGUGUGAAAUCAGAUCAUUCUUGUCCCCACGAGGACCAUAAAUACUCUAUUUAUAGUCAGAUAUAUUUUUCAUGAUAGAAGAAUAUGUAAUUAUACUCAUUUCUCAUCGCAGUAUGUAUGAGGUUUAUAGUUAAUUGUUUUAUUAUUCUGUCCAUGCUACCAUAUGUCAGUCCGAAUUUUGUGACCUGUCUUUUUUUUUUUGUUAUGACUAUUGUGUACAGAUGUGUGAGGAAAUGUUGGACAAAGUUAUACAAUAAAUGUUUA